ACCAAAAGCCUUGCGCAAUCCAGCCCCUUACCCUGACCCCUCCCCAAGGGGAAUUUUGGGGCGUGCCCAGUGCUCCGCCCCUCCCCCCGAGGCUGGGCCAAGGUAUAUAUAGGGGUGGCAGCUGCCGCCCACAGCAAGCCCAGCUGCCCAGCACCAACAUGCUCGCCCUGGAGGCUGCACAGCUCGAUGGACCACACUUCAGCUGUCUGCAGUACUCAGAUGGUGUCUUCUACGACCUGGAUAGCUGCAAGCACUCUAGCUACCCUGACUCAGAGGGGGCUCCUGACUCUCUGUGGGGCUGGGCCGAGCCCCCUCCUGUCCCAGCCACCUCCUAUGAGGCCUUCGACCCAGCGGUGGCCACCUACAGCCACCCGUCAGCUGUCCAGCUCUGCUAUGGACCCUCGACCUACAGCUCUACAGGGACUCUGGACCCGGCUCCCAGCCUGGAGACCUCGGGGCCCAGCCUCCCAGCAUACCCCACCGAGGACUUCACCUGCCAGACUCUGGGCCCCCUGGUGUGUGCCCCGUACCCCAGCCCUGUGCUGUCAGAGGAGGAAGACUUGCUGCUGGACAGUCCUGCCCUUGAAGUCUCGGACAGCGAGUCCGAUGAGGCCCUCAUGACUGGCCCCGAGGGGAGGGGAUCCGAGGCAGGGGCCCGCAAGAAGCUGCGCCUGUACCAGUUCCUGCUGGGACUGCUGACUCGCGGGGACAUGCGCGAGUGCGUGUGGUGGGUGGAGCCGGGUGCCGGCGUCUUCCAGUUCUCCUCGAAGCACAAGGAGCUCCUGGCGCGCCGCUGGGGCCAGCAGAAGGGCAACCGCAAGCGCAUGACUUACCAAAAGCUGGCGCGUGCUCUCCGCAACUACGCCAAGACCGGCGAGAUCCGCAAGGUCAAGCGCAAGCUCACCUACCAGUUCGACAGCGCGCUGCUGCCGGCCGCCCGCCGGGCUUGAGCGCGCCUGAGCCUCGCCUGUGGAGCCGCUCGGGGACCUCAUGGCCCAGCCAGGACCCCUCCAGAGUCCCAGGGUCACUUCGGCGUCACCGCACCCUAGGACAUAGGACCCAUGAAUCCCCACAUUUGGAGUGGGGGUUGCCACAAUCCCUAAGCCCUGCCCGGGGCCCCUCUAGGACUCCCCAGUGUGUUUCUGGGAGUCCUUUGUCAUGUACAGGAUCCCCAGGAUCGUCAUGUUUUGGGUCACAGGACCUACGGACCACAGUAUCGUGUGUGGCAGGC